AUGUUUCAAUUUCAUCCCGAGCCAAUUCUAUCCAGUGAGCCUCUUCAAACAGCUUAUACGAAAAUGAUAUUUGAGUUUUACUGUACCCCGUGGAGGUAUAACGUACUUGCCAGUACUACCAACUGGGUGUUGCUUGCCGGCUAUCUUGUGAUUCCGGGUACAUUUACGUCGCUUCAAAUGUCAAAAUCACUGGAACAUAAACUGGAUUCAAACCACACAGGAAAGACAAUCCUUUACACAAUUCAGAACCCUCCGAUUCUUGCAAUUGGAUGUUCUUUCCUUAUCCUGGGCUCUUUAGGGAUGAGUGCUCUUGGAUGGGACAGAAGGCAUAACUAUGUUUGGCUUAUCGAUAAAAUGUUUAUUCCUACUUUUUUAAAUUCAGUGGCAGGUCUAAUCACGACAGUUAUCAAUAUAUAUACUGCCCGCAAUGGACAUUGGCCGAUUAUGGCGGUUCUGACGGCAAGUAUCACUGCGACUAUCGCACUGGCUUCGCUUUUUCUUAUUCUGGUAUACCAAUUUGGCAAAUUGGAAAGCAUAAAGCGAGAGCAUAUUCGGGAGAUUAAUGCUGGGUUUCAAAUGAUAAGAGGUCACACUUCUAGUGGGUAA